UGAUCGCAGUCUGUCGAAGUUUUUAAGUUAUUUAAUUUCUUGGUUAUUUUUGUUUAUUUCUUAUUAAAAUAAUAAUAUUAAUGUUAUAUACCAUUUAGAACUUUGAAAAUAUUAUACAAUGGUACGCAAGUUCAAAUUUCACGAGCAAAAAUUGCUCAAAAAAGUUGAUUUUAUAUCAUGGAAGCUCGACAACAAUAUACACGAGGUUAAGAUUAUGAAAAAAUAUUAUAUUCAGAAGCGAGAAGAUUAUACAAAGUAUAAAAAAAUGGCUAGAGAAAUUCGUGAUUUAGCGAAUAAAAUCAAAGAUUUGGAUGCGAAUAACGAGUUUAGGACAGAUUCAAGUGCUCAAUUAUUAGAGAAGCUGUAUCAAAUUGGCCUCAUACCCACGAGGUGGGAUUUGUCACUGGCCAGCACAGUGUCAGCGAGUGCAUUUUGUAGAAGACGGCUCCCUGUUGUUAUGAUUAGAAAUAAAAUGUCAGAGAAUUUGAAAGAGGCCACAAAAUUUAUAGAGCAGGGCCAUGUGAGAAUUGGUCCGGAGGUGGUGAAAGAUCCAGCCUUCCUCGUCACACGGUCACUUGAGGACUUUGUCACAUGGGUAGACAGUUCUGCUAUCAAGCGACAUGUCAUGGAGUAUAAUGAAAUGAGGGAUGACUAUGAUAUGGUGUAAGUUCAGUACGAGACUCUACAAUGGAUCCAGUCUGAUAUUAUGUUCGCGUUUAUGUAUAUAUUAAUUGUAAUUAGAAAUAAGGAGCAAAAGAUUGAGAAGAAUGUGUAUAAAUUAAAAAUAUACGUAAAAAAAUAUAAAAGUUUUAUUCUUUGAUAAUUUCACAAUAUAUAAUCAUUUAUUUACAUAGUGUUUUAUAUUUUAUAUAACAGUGGCAACCUCGGUGGUCUAGUGGUUUAGCAUUUCACUUUACUAUCCGAUGGUCUUGGGUUUGAUUCCUCGCAUGGUACAAACAUUUGUAUUGAUGAGUAUGAUUGUUUGUGUGUGGGUGUUUUGUAUGUAUUAUAUGUAUUUAUUAAAAAAAAAUGCAUUCAUGUAUUUAUAUCAGUUUUCUAGUACCCAUAACAUAAGUUCUGUUUAGCUUGGAACUAGAUGGCGUUGUGUGAAUUGUCCUGAGUAUAUAUAUAUGUCCUGAGUAUUAUAAUUUGUUCAGAUUGGACAAGUUUCCCGUCACAAAUACGGCAUUUAUCUUUCACCCUUGCUUUGUAGGUUGGUUUUGGCCAUCAA